AUGUCACUCCCGGAGCGACCGGGCGGCAGUCCGGUCUACGAACAUCGCAAUGUCUACCGAAACUCGCCUUCACGACGCCCUCGCCCUAAUGAUAUAGAGACUGGCUUUCAACCUGUGCCAAGAGCAGGACAUGAACGUGGGAAAUCCGUAUCCUCUUACGCCGAGACUAUUUCCAACCCUAAUGUCAAUACAGAGACGCUCCCUCUGUCACCGACGAAUCCUGCGGCCUCCCCCCCGCCGCACAGCCCCGACCAACCUUUUACGCGCAAAAGGAGUCUGAUUCGGCCGGAGCGAAAUAGGAUCGGAAAGGAUCACAGAAACUACCACUACCACAGGCAUGCCGCCAAUAUGGAGACCAUGCCCUCGUCCACGGGCAACGAUCCCAUCUUGGAGAAUGUCGACGGCUCUACCGAACAAUCGGGUGGCUCGCAAACCCACGGCAGCUUCGCAGAUAGCUCUCCAUCUCGACAUCACCGGAGUCGGAAGACGAGUGGUGGUGACCAGGAGAAGGGUAAUGCUCACGUUAAAUCACAUCCUCAUCGCAGCAAGUCUGGCAAAAUUACCAAGGAAAGUAGGCACAGCAAGCACGGCAAGUCGCGCAAGAACCCUGCCAUGGCCGAGCAGAUUAGACCUCCGAGUGCUUGGAACGUUUACUGCGCCAUUGUCACCUUCUGGUGCCCAGACUUCAUGUUGAAGUGCUGCGGAAAACCUACAAAGGCUCAGCGCCGAGCCUGGAGAGAGAAGAUGGGCCUGAUAAGUAUCAUUCUUGUCAUCAUGGCCAUUGUUGGUUUCCUCACCUUUGGAUUCACCGCUACCGUGUGCAGUGCUCCUCCCGAGAGAUUGAGAGUCAACAAGGUAACUGGCGGCUACAUGAUCUUUCACGGUGUUGCGUAUGACUUGUCAAGCUCCCAUCAUCCUCCCGCUGAAGGCAUUCCCCUCCGACAAGAUCGUACGGGUGCCAACGUUUUGUUCGACUUGCCCGAGAAACACGCAGGUCAGGAUGGCAGCUUUCUCUUCCAAAACGUCAAUGGCCACUGCAAGGGACUCAUCAACAAGGCACCAAACUCGGAUGUGCCUACCAACAACAACGGCGAGUUGGCCUGGUACUAUCCCUGCACAACCUUCAACCAGGAUGGUUCGACACGCCCCAAUUUCACCAACCCGUAUUAUCUGGGCUAUGCCUGUCACACUAGUUCGAAUGCUCGAAAUGCCUUUUAUCUUGGUCUGAAGGGAGCAGCCGAUGUCUACUUCACCUGGGAUGACAUUCGCAACAGCUCUCGCAAUUUGAUUGUCUACUCUGGCAGUGUGCUCGAUCUCAAUCUGCUUAACUGGUUCAACGAGACGGAGAUUACGGUCCCCGAUCGCUUCAAAAUUUUGCGAGACCAGGACAGCGCAGUCAACAGGGCUAUUCGAGGACGUGACGUAACGCGCAUGUUCCAGUCUUCUGGCGACAAGCAGGUUGCUCAGUGUCUUGAAGAAAUCACCCGAGUUGGAUUUGUCGAUACGGAGACUGUCGGCUGUAUAGCGUCCAAGGUCGUACUUUACUGCGCUCUUAUCCUGAUUCUUUCUGUUGUCGGAACGCGUUUUGUUCUGGCCUUGAUUUUCCAGUGGUUUAUCAGCCGCAAAUACGCAGCCUCAAAGACGUCGCAAACCUCGGACCGUAGAAAGCGUGCCAAGCAGAUUGAGGACUGGUCCGAGGACAUUUAUCGCGCUCCUCCUCGACUGCCAGGCGAUGUUGGUAGCUCUGCCAUGGGUUCCGACCGAACCAGCAAGCGAGGCUCGUCUUUCUUACCAACCACCUCGCGAUUCUCUGCAGUCUACGGAUCCGACCAACCUACCAGAGCCAGACGGCAGCCUACAACCAUGGCCAGCCAAGGUCCCGGCAGCUCUCUGCUCAACCCUAAUUCCAUUUAUAGACAAGCCAACGAUAGCCGUGCCAGCUUCCUGCGCUCCGACCCUUACUCCAGUGCUGCCAGCCCCUCCGAUGGCCCUGGCCCUGCAGGUUUUAUUCACGAUGCUGUCGUGCCUCAGCCACCGUCUGACUGGAUGCCAUUUGGUUUCCCCCUUGCUCACACUAUGUGCUUGGUUACUGCUUACUCGGAAGGCGCCGAGGGUAUCCGCACCACUCUCGACUCUAUUGCCAUGACCGACUACCCCAACAGCCACAAGGCUAUCGUUGUUAUUUGCGACGGUAUUAUUAAGGGUAAGGGCGAGGCGGUCUCUACCCCGGACGUCUGCUUGGGCAUGAUGAAGGAUCACUCCACGCCCCCAGAGAUGGUUGAGUCAUUCUCCUAUGUGGCUGUUGCCAGCGGGUCGAAGCGCCACAACAUGGCCAAGGUCUACUGCGGAUUCUACGAUUACGGUAAUAAGAGCCGUAUCCCGGUUGACAAGCAGCAGCGUGUGCCCAUGAUGCUCAUUGUCAAAUGCGGUACUCCGGACGAGGCUGACAAGGCCAAGCCUGGUAACCGUGGCAAGCGAGACAGUCAAAUCAUUCUGAUGUCGUUCCUGCAAAAGGUCAUGUUUGACGAGCGAAUGACGGAGCUGGAGUACGAAAUGUUCAAUGGUCUUUGGAAGGUCACGGGAAUCUCACCCGAUUACUACGAAAUCGUCCUCAUGGUUGACGCCGACACCAAGGUAUUCCCCGACAGUUUGACGCACAUGGUGUCUGCCAUGGUCAAAGACCCCGAGAUCAUGGGCUUGUGUGGUGAGACCAAGAUUGCCAACAAGCGAGACAGCUGGGUCACUGCCAUUCAGGUGUUUGAGUACUUCAUUUCCCACCACUUGGCCAAGUCGUUUGAGUCAGUCUUUGGUGGUGUUACGUGUUUGCCUGGUUGCUUCUGCAUGUACCGUAUCAAGGCGCCCAAGGGCGGUCAGAACUACUGGGUGCCCAUUCUCGCCAAUCCAGACGUUGUGGAGCACUACUCUGAGAAUGUGGUUGAAACGUUGCAUGAGAAGAACUUGUACUUGCUUGGUGAGGAUCGAUACCUGACGACUCUGAUGCUGCGCACGUUCCCAAAGCGAAAGCAGGUGUUUGUGCCUCAAGCUGUGUGCAAGACGACGGUACCCGACAAGUUUAUGGUUCUGCUCUCUCAACGCCGUCGCUGGAUCAACUCGACUGUUCACAACCUUAUGGAGCUUAUUCUGGUUCGAGACUUGUGCGGUACAUUCUGCUUCAGCAUGCAGUUUGUUGUCUUUGUAGAACUUGUGGGCACGCUGGUGCUGCCGGCUGCUAUUGCUUUUACCUUCUAUGUUGUCAUCACCUCCAUUAUACACUCACCACCACAAAUCAUUCCCCUAGUGUUACUUGCCCUCAUCCUCGGUCUACCAGGUCUCCUCAUCCUCGUCACAGCCCACUCAUGGUCCUACGUCGUCUGGAUGUUAAUCUACCUGGUUUCGCUACCCAUCUGGAACUUUGUGCUCCCGACAUAUGCCUUCUGGAAGUUUGACGACUUCUCAUGGGGCGACACGCGUAAGACGGCAGGAGACAAAGUCAAGAAGGGCGGCAUCGAAUACCAGGGCGAAUUCGACAGCAGUAAGAUUACCAUGAAGCGAUGGGCCGAAUUUGAGCGCGAAAAGCGCGCCAAGUCCGCCUACUUUGGGUCACGGGAGAACGUGGUAGGCGGCCAUGGCAGUUGGGCUUUACCGCCUAGUCAUUCUCAAGCGGAUGGUUAUUAUUCUGACGCGUAA